CCUGGGGGGAGUUACUACGAAUUCUCAACAUUCAGCGCAGGCCUGAAAGCUUCCCCGUCGUUACCUACCUACCUAUCUAUCAUCCAAUCCUUUAAUUCAGCCAAGGUUCAUCAAGAAUAAUAACUACCUACCUUAGGUACCUAGGUUAGGUAGUUAGGGGACAUUAACGGAACCGUUGGAAACCCUAGCUGUUUGACCUAAGAUUUCGCGGGCUGGUUCGUUGGACUGGGCUUAUACGUUAAACGCGACUUAUAAUAACUACUUGCUUUAAAGUUGCAACUGCGAUAACACUACGAUAGUACCCGUGGACGUCAUUGUUGGAUUUCGACAAGAUGGUGUACUGCGGGAAGCCCUCGAGGGGGUGUCAGAUGUGUAGGACGAGGAGAAUCAAGUGUGAUGAGACAAAACCCACAUGCAACCAGUGCGCCAAGUCGCGCCGGCAAUGUCCCGGGUACAAGGACGAGUUUGAUCUGAUAUUGCGCAACGAGACGCAAGCUACGGAACGCCGGGCGCGGAAGGCGAGCAAAAAAGCCCCGGUGCCGAGGACCGACAAGUCGCCGUCCGCCGGCUCGGGAGAAGGGACUAUGAUGAUGUCCUUACUAUUCACUAACAACAACAGCAGCAACAACAACACUGCGAAACAACCUAUACCAGCAGCACACCACCACGCCGUCAUCCGCCCGCUCAACGUGUCCGUGGAGCACCAGGCUAGCUGCCACUUCAUCUCGCAUUUCAUCCUGACGCCGAGGGACGGGAGCGGCAGGGCUCUCAUGGACUACAUGCUCCCGCUGCUGAAGGACAGUCCCCAGGCCCACCUGCAGCACGCCUUCAACGCCUGCGCCAUGGCCUUCUUCAAUAAUCGCGGGGGCGUAUGCAGCAGGUUUUCCGACCAGGCGCUGCACGAGUACACGAGGGCCCUCAACGGGACGAACACCGCUCUGAGGAACCCCGAGACGCAGUUGGCGGACACGACGUUAGCGGCCGUUCUACUGCUGGGCUUAUUCGAGAGCAUCACGGCCAAGCAGAUCGGCAUGAUGAACUGGGGCUCGCACACCGAAGGGGCCAUCCAGCUCGUCAAAGCCCGGGGCAAGAAGCAGCUCAAGACUAAGAUCGGGCUGGCGCUUUUCAUCGCCGUCCGGACGCAGAUGAUCAUCCAUAGCCUCACCUCGGGAACGGCACCUAUCAUGGGACCGGAGUGGUGGAUCGACGACGCGAACAGGAACGACACGGCGACGCGGUGCCACCGGAUCAUGAUCAAGCUGGGGGAGCUGCGGGCCGAGGUGAUGCGGCUGAUGAACAGCAUGGCGAAGACGCCGGAGAACGUCGAGAUCAUGCACGACAUGCUGCGGCGGAUCCAGACGGUGGACCAAGAAGUGGUGGCCUGGAUGCGCAACGUGCCGGACGAGUGGCGGUUCCGGACGGUCGCGUGGGAGGACCACGUGCCCGACGGCGACUACUCGAAAGCGGAGGUGUUCCCGGGCCGGGUCGACAUGUACCGCGACCUGUACAUUGUCAGCGUGUGGAACACCUCGCGCACGGCGCGCCUCGUGCUCGCCUCCCUCGUCGUCCGCUGCGCGGCGUGGAUCUGCAGCCCCGUCGACUACCGCACGACGCCCGAGUACGCGACCGCGGCGCGCACGUGCGUCGACACCAUCACCGACGUGAUCGCCUCCGUGCCGUACCAGCUCGGGUGGCACCUGAACAAAGACCGGAGACGGCAGCACAUCUUCCUGCAUCAGCAGCAGCAAGAACUACUAGUACAACAACACCAACAACUAUACCAACAAGAACAGGAGCAAAUGCAGCAACAGCAACAAAGCGGAUUCCCGUGCGGCGAGGAAGACCACCCCAAGGCGAUCGCGGGGUACUUGCUCACGUGGCCGCUGAUCUGCGUGCACAGCCAGGACUACACGACGGACACACAGCGGGCGUGGAUCCACGGGCGGCUCAAGCACAUCGGGGACGAGCUGGGCGUCAAGUACGCGCACGUGCUGCGGCAGCUGCAGAUCCGGAUGCCGAGCAUGCUGAUCCGGAGGGACGCGCUGAUGGCGAAGCAGGCCAGCUCCAUGCACGAGUAUUUAAGGAGACAGCACCAACAGCAACAGCAACAAGUACGGAGUGGGAAUGGGCAGGCGCAGAGCAGUAUGGCUAUACGGAUCAAGACCCCACUGACGACGACGACGACGACGACGUUUGCGCCCCCGGUUCCGCCGGGGAUGUCGGCGGGCGUGUAUGUCGGACAGGCGGCGCUGGACGGUGGAGGGGUUAAUAGUGGUGUUGGUAUUAGUGUUGGUGGGAUAGAUGGCGGUAGCAGUGCGCUACAGCAUAUCCAGGCGCUGCAGAAGGAGCGCUUCGAGCAGCAUCGCGCGGAACUGCUGGCGCGUGCGGCUGGGGGCCGGGACGCGGGAGAGAGCCAGAAGUGGGUUGCGCAGGGGUGGUUGGUUGUGUGAUGCUAAUGCUAACGCGCGCGGACGAUAUUUGAUGCUAUUGGAGUUCAUGGAGUUGCUAGGGAGGGAGCCGACGUUACGGCUUGGAACUGGUUACGGUUACUAAUUUACGAUAGCCAGGUCAAGGCAGGCCAGGCUAUACUAAUUAACACCAAGUGCUUUUUUACCUGAGCACUUGUAACCGACCUAGCUGCCUGCCUACCUUAGGUAGGUAUGAAGCAAGGGGAGCUUAGCCUAUCAAGAUUCAAAUUAGACGGCCUGAAGUAAAGCUUAGACGAAUAUCUAGAACUGGGGUCGGAGUCGGAGUUGGAAUUGGAGGUUGGAUGGGACGGGAUUCCCGCGGCGCGAGGACGCUAUGAUGCUUAUACCCGUACCCAUACCCGUACCCAUCUCGUUAAUACAAUUACCAGGGGGACUGGGGCUGGGGCUGGGGUUUGAGUGGAUUCGGAGGCCUCGAUUGU